GACUCAGCAAAAGUUUGAGGCCGAUCAGAUGGAGAGGGUGUCGAGGUAUGCAGCGGAGCGCGGACUCGAUGUGCCCGGCACGGGCGGUGCAAGGGGAGGAGAGGCGGGGCGGCGUCCGGCGGAGGGAGGGGUCGGGGGAGAUGGUGGGCAUGGUGCUGCAGACCCCACUUUGGGUGGUGGAGGUGGUGAGACAGAGGAGGGUGUGAUCCACGUGGAUCGCGAGGCGCGUGGCCCGAGUGACGAGGGAGUCCCGGAACGGGAGGACGUGCCUGAGGUUUAUCCAGGCACUGGGGAGAGGUUGGAGGAGUGGCGGAGGCGAGCAGGCAAGGGAGCUGCAACGGAGGGGUCUUCUAAGAGGUCGGAAGGAGGGAGUGAUCCGGCUGCCACCCCAGCAGGGAAGAGGCUUCAGCAGCAGAAGGUGACUGAUGUCUACGGUGGCGAGUGGGUUGCCCGCCACAAGAAGGCAUUCCUUCGCUGGUUGUAUUCCAGCGGGGUCUCCUUCAAUGCCUUCCGCAACCAGGCGUGGAAGGCAUAUCAGCAGGUGCUUCUUGAGCAGCCUGGCAGUUCCCCGCCCGCAAUGCUCCCCAACCAUUGCGAGAUUGCGAGUAUGCGGGCGGUGGAGACCCACCGUGCGGAGUUGGCGGAGGAGUUGGAGGAGGUGAGGCAGCCAUUCUGGGUGACUGGUGCCACCCUCCUCUCCGAUGGGAGGAAAUCACGAGACGGGAGACCGAUCGUGAAUUUCCUUGCUGCUGGCUCUCGAGGGGUCGUCGUGUACACGACGAUCAAUCGAGAGGGCGAGCCGGACGAUGCAGUGCACGUCCUUCGUAAAUGGGUUACCAUCUUCCACGAGUUCAGCUUUGGCGGGCCGCAACGGAUCAAUGUGAUAUGCACUGACAUCGCUUCUGCCUAUGUGGGGGCUGCGAGGGCAUUGACCUCGCCGUCCAUGCCUCCUGCACUGAGGAGGAUCACUUGGCUCCCGUGCUCCGUCCAUGUCUGCAACAAAUUGUUGUCAGACAUGGGGACGAGUUGCGACGCGUUUGUGGACGCGAUCACAUGCGCUCGUGUGCUAGUGGUGUUUUUCAAAACCCACCAGGCCGCCCUUCAUUUUUUUAGGAUGCGCAGCCUCGAGAAAUGGCUUAUUCUUUCUUGCGAGACACGGUUCGCGUCUGUUUACUCCAUGUUGGAGAGGCUGUUGGCCCUGCAGGACACUUUGCAGGACAUGAUGCGAGGGGACGAUGCGCGGGCUUUUGCUUCCAUCCCGUGGUCCGCCGAUGUGUGCGUCAUGGCGCGGUGGAUGCGCCGACAGAUCAGAUGGGAUCCAUGGUGGCAGAGGGUGGCCACCAUCGUCCAUAUCAUGCAGCCCGUCAUGGAGUUGCUCAGGAGGAUAGAUCGUGGAGGACAGUACAUGUCCCUCAUGAUCGAGUGGACAGAGGAUCUUGUCCGCCGUGUGGAGAGGUACGAUGCUUGGCUUGUGGGGCAAGCCAAGAGGUACAUUUUGACGCAGACGGGAUUCGAGAUGGAGGGUGCGGAGUACAUCCUUGCAUGUCGGCAGUUUGAGGACUUCCACAUUCAGCAGGGCAGGUUUGGGGAUUGGGGCGGUCCGGAGGGGCGUGCUCGUGGGCGCGCGUGCAGCGGCGACGGCGAGACGAUUGAGUGCGCGUCUUGGUGGUCUCAGUUCGGGUCGGGCGCGCCACAGUUGCAACGUUGUGCUCUUCGGGUGAUGCACAUAUGGUCUUGCGCCUCUCCAGCGGAGAGGAACUGGGCAGUCCACGAGGGCAUUCACACGAAGAAGCGCAACCAGUUGGCCUUCGAGAAGGUCGUGCAACUCGUUGAGAUCACCGUAAAUGUGCGGUUGACUGAGUAUCGGCGGGCUGGAUGCGGUUAUGUGCUGCCAUGGCAGCGGGACGAGGACAUAUUGGAUUGCCAGGCAGGACUCGAGUUGGAGCCUGUGCGCACGGGAACUCGCAGGGGGAUGACGGACGAGGAGAUUGCCCGUCGGGUUGCACUUAUUACCUGGGAUCCCAUCGGGGCGUCCGCACCACCCUCGGCUGAUGCCGUUUUCGAUAGACGUGCUUGCAUUUUUCGUCCCUACCCCAGGGAUGACGACUCAGACGAGGAGCCGAUACCCGAGGCGGCAGAUGACCCUGCGCUCCGCAUUCCCCGGGAGAUCGACGAGACGCACGAGGAUCCCAGCUCCGAGGACACGAGGACACAGACUUCACGACGGGCGGCGGACCGGGCGGAGAGCGAGAUGCCGGGGGGAGACGAGGACUUUUGGGGCCCAUUCGGUGAGGUCGCUUCCACGGGCGUCCUAGAGGCGCAGGCGACGACCCCCACUCCGACAAGGUGGGAUUCGUCCGUGCCGCCACCUCCUGCUCCGAGUCCUGCACCACGAUCGUCCAAGGAGGGGGGACCUUCGGCAGCAGCAGUGGAGAGUUCGAUGGCACCAGCGGCUGUGUCGGACGUGACGAUCGCAGCCGCGGUGGAGGAGAUAGCAGCAGCAGCAGCAGCAUCAGUGCUAGAGGAGAUGGCAACAUCAGUGCUGGCGGAGGAUCCACCAGCGGCAGGAGGAGGUGCAGCAGUGGAGGGGCAGGUGGCAGCAGCAGGAGGAGCAGGUGGAGGAGCAGCAGCUGUGGAGGUUGAGGUGGCAGCAGCACUGGAGGAGGAGGAUGCACCGUCGGCAGCUGCAGUGGAGGAGGAGAUAGCUGCACAGGUCGAGGUGCAGCGUGGGGGCGAUGACGAGCGCCUCAUGCAGCAGUUCCUCACGGAGGAGCUCGGUCCUGCCAUAGCGGAUAUGACCCCGGGUGUGGAGAGGGGGGUUGGGAUUUCAGAUUCGGAGAUGGGAACCCACUUAGACUUGGAUUUGUUGGUGGGCCUUCCACCCAGUUGCGGCGGGGCGACAUCGACGGAUCGGGCUCCAUCGAGGGACGAGGCGCCAGGCAGGACUUCGACGCAGACCGCCAGAGAGAGGACGACGACUCAGUCUCCAGAUGCAGCACACGACAUCAUGGAGCGAGAAAGGGCUAGACUUUUGGCAUUGACUGACCCUCAUGCUCAGGCGUUCGCACGGGCCAUAGAGGACGCCAGGUGUCUAAAGAUAGGGGGGGAUUGUGUGCAGGGUGGGGUGGUGGCGGGGGGGGACGUUGCCGAGGGAGUGGCAGCAGAGCCGGUACCCGAGGCUAUGCCGGGUGGAGCAGAGACAGCGGACGUUGCUGUGGAGGGAUGGACUCAGGCGGUGGAUGAGGCAGUGCAGGCAGGACAGCGACGAGUCGAGGGGGCUAUAGACUCACGACGCGAGGGGCAGGAGACAGCGACGGGUCCAGUCGUUCCCCACUUUGCUCCGCAGGAGGUCCGUCGUCCUUUGGAUGUAGAGGAGUUGGCGAGAGAGGAUGUGCGCGAUGUUACUCGCUUGGACUGGCGGAUCUUCGACCGGAAGCUCGAGCACCCACAGUGGAAGUCGAUCCCUUCGGUUCCAUGGGGUCCUGCGUCGCCUGUGUGGUCUGGUUCUACCUCCACUGGAGGACAUACCGCGGGACAUGUUCCAGGGGUUUCGGGUGGCGUGACGGAGACAGCGCCACGCACAGGAGACAUGCCACCCCCUCCUCCCAGAGCACCUGCAGGUGAUCCAUCAUCGUCACCCACAGGCAAAGGCUCUCGAUCCCCACACACGCUUGGGAGAUCUAGGAUUCAUGACACGACAGCAGUUCAGCAGGACGUGUGUGACACGACGAUAUUCGGGAGGACAGAUAUACAUUUGGAUUCCACCCGCCGUGUCACGAGGCACACUGCACGCCUUCAGCCGGGCUUGGGAGGAGGAGGCGCUAGGACGACCACGGGGAGGGAGGUACCGGCAUCGAGUUGUGAGCCUCAGCGAGGUCGUGGCACAGGAGUGUCGACCGAUACCUUGGAGUACGCUCUGAGAGCAGCGACGGGUGCCGUGCAGGAGCAGAUUCCACACAAGCGUGGAGUACCUCCUCGUCCACGCCCCGUGCCUGGAGAGGGAGGCGCAGCACUUGGAGAGAGUUCGGGGGCGGAGGGGUUGGGGAUGCCUCGUGGUUCCCGCCGUGAGCAGACCAUUGCAGAGGCUAGUGCGAGGGUUGUUGUGUUGAGGAAGGGAGGAGGCCAAGUCACCAUCGAGGAGGAUGAUCCUGAUACGGAUGCGGCUGUGCGGGAUGCGGACGAGGACUACGAGGGCGAGGAGGAGGGAGAGAAGGAUAGCAGGAGCGGUUCUGAUGGUGACGACGACAAAGACUACAAUGAGCCCCUACCUUCCCGAGGACCCCCACCGACGCGUGCAUCUAGACGCUCCGCCGCACGGACUUCUUCAUCCUCAUGAGGGAGGAAGAGGUCGACAUCCGGCACUCGAGAGGGCACGAGGAGACACAACGGGAAGGGGAAGGUCGACAUCCUGCACAUCUAUUUGCCGAGAUAUGAUGAAAUAUCCAGUUUGUAAUUAACAAGAUUAUUCCUCCGCAUAAAGAGCUUAGCGGUUUUAUCACAAAAUAAUAAUAAACAGUAAUUGAUCAAACACAAAGUGUUCACACAUGACACAUAAACGUUAGAACUAGUCACACAACUCAAUGCAAUCGCACAACCCAUCCUCAUUUGUCACUAAAAAAUUUCCAAUCUUCAUCUAACAAAACGCCCAAUAUGUU